UGCAUGGACAAAAAGUCAUAAAUCGCCAACAUGAAUCGCAAUGACGUUGCGUGCCGGCUCUGGCUCGAGUAAACAGUGACGUCACAGAGCGUCACGACAAAAAGUCGAUUUUCGCAAGUUCGGCCAGCUGACUGCGCUCGCGCCCCUCUCCCCUCCGCCACGCACUGAAAAUUCAGUGCGACGAGAUUUCAGCGCGAGCGAGAGAGACAGCGGGGAAGGGCGAUAGAGAGAGUGGGACGGUUACUACGUGUGGGGUUCCGCAAGACGCGCAGUGGGCGGGCGGUCGGAUGAUGUAUAGAGUGGUGGAGUUAGGUUCAAAUUGUGCCGGGAAGUGGCCGAGAUUAGAGCCCGCGGGCCGCACCGCGAACGUAAGCCCACUUAAGACUGUUUUUAAUACUAGUAUUUUUUACGCGAUCCCGACAGGAUUUAGCGGAUAAGCGACGUCGCGAUCGUGCUUUGAUUUAUCGGUUUCGAAUUCGGUUUCGGUUGGUGUUUACGCUAGUGGUGACGCUAGUAAUCCCGCGGCUUGUCCCAGAUUAUGACGGAUACCGGAUUGCGUGUACACACACUGUGAAAAUCGCGGAAUUAUCAGACGCGCUAAGCCAGCUUUUCGCUUGUUAAUAAACCCAAUGCGCUGCGCAUAAGCGUGUUGUAUUUUUGCCCCCUCGACCCCGUCCGGCCUCACCAUUCACCUCCGCGUGUACAAAGAGGCGCUGGCGGCCGGCAUGGAGCCGCUGAGCGAGGGCCUGUGCCUGUCGGAGUUGGAGCUGCACGGGGGGCACCUGCACGAGUCGGUGGCGGCGUCCGUGGGCUCGGCCAUCUCCAGCCUCAUGGCGCCGCUGCACCACGAGCCGCAGCACACGCCGCUGCACGCGCACGCGCCGCCACUACACCACGAGCCGCUUGAAAAGCUUAAACUAUGGGCGGAAACAGGCGAGUUUCGGGACAGCGGGCACUCGUCGCUGACGUCGGGCGGCUCGGGCGUUGAACAGUCGCUAUACGCGCCGCCACGCCCGCGCCGCGACCGCAAGCACAACGAUGACAACUCGCGGCCGCUCACAGAAGCGACGAUCAAAACGGAGUCGACGACUCCGGGCGUGGGCGGCGACGACGGCCUGGACGACAAGGGCGACAAGAAGAACAAGCGGCAGCGGCGCCAGCGCACGCACUUCACCAGCCAGCAGCUGCAGGAGCUCGAGGCCACGUUCGCGAGGAACCGGUACCCCGACAUGUCCACGAGGGAAGAGAUCGCCAUGUGGACCAACCUCACGGAGGCGAGAGUUAGGGUAUGGUUUAAAAACCGAAGGGCGAAAUGGCGAAAGCGGGAGCGCAAUGCCAUGAACGCGGCUGCGGCUGCCGCCGCUGACUUCAAAAACGGUUUCACCACGCAGUUCAACGGACUCAUGCAGCCCUUCCCCGACACCGACAUUUACUCUUCCUACCCCUACAAUAAUUGGGCCGCCAAAGUCCCAAGUCCACUAGGAACGAAAAGCUUUCCAUGGCCCGUAAAUCCUCUGGGUUCCGUCGUUCCGGCCAGCCAUCACCAAGGCUCCGUCAACUGCUUCAACACGGCUACGUCGAUGGGCGCCGUCGGCGGCGGCAGCAUGGCGGUAGCGGGCUCGGCCGGCGUCGGUGCCGGCGUCGCGCCUUGCCCAUAUACCGCUCCCCCCAACCCGUACACGAUGUACCGGACGGAGCCGUGUCCGGCGAUGUCGUCGUCGAUAGCACAGCUGCGGCUGAAAGCGAAGCAGCACUCUACAGGGUUCGGCGGUGGCUACGGGACAGUGUCGCCUGUGUCGCGGGCUGGCUCGGCGCCGCUGUCGGCGUGUCAGUACGCGACGGGCGGGGUGGGCGUGAGCGACCGCGUGCUCUGAGACGAGGCGCGCGGCCGCGACGACGCGCGUUCGCCGCUGCUGACCGCCGCGCGCGCCUCCUAGUCGCCGCCCGCGCCCGACGCCUCCACACCUCUUGGACUUUAUAGGCAUCUGUGGGACUGGUUCGAUUGAUUCUGUGCACGAAAUAAGCGUACCGUUUAUGCUGCGAGCGUUCAUAAUUAUGUGGAGCAAUUACAACAUAUAAAAGCAACAAGCGUUUCAAAACUGGAAAAUAAAGUACUUAAGUACCCAAUUUCUUUUUGAUUAUAUUUGUACAAAACAUGUAUUGAUAUACAGGGUGUCCCGUAAACAUGUUAGCUUCAUGAAUAAAUGAUUACAUUUCAAACUGUAUAAAGCCAAUAAUUACUUCCCGUUUACAUUCGUUAAAUGAUGUACAGUUGAAAGGAAUAUUUAUCUUUUAACAGUGCAACCAUUAGUACCUUUGUCGUAGUUAGAUCAAAACUCACCUAACUCCGGCAGAUUAGCAUGAGCGUUUCGUUCGCUUUGGAAGUUGUAUUAAAGCUGCAGGUAUUAACAGUCAGCAGAUAAACUUAACGUAAGCAUUACGGUUGUUUCGAGCAUGUCGUUCUUGUUGCAGCUGUGUGAGAGCUGUGAGGGCAUAUUCGCGAAAAGCUGGUCGGCAGAGUUAAGUGGCUGGGUUGCAGCUAAAACACCUAUUUAUUUGCAAAUAUAAUUUAUGUACAGUGCAAUAUAUGCGUGUUUAGUCAAAAGGCAGCACUCUAACUACCACUUAGCAAUGAGGUGCUAUUCGGAUAACAAAGGUUUUAAUAAGUCGCCACAUUGUCGGUUUAAGAAAACCGACAAUGUGGUACACCUGUGGUGUCUCAUUAAAUUGUCAUAAUUAUUAACAAUGGUUCACAUAUUUUUCAUUAUUGAUAACAAAAACCACCCUUUCGUGAUUAUGUCCCAGGAAUCAUGCUGCAUGAGUGUUGAAUUUCUCGUGAACAAAGUUCCGUUUGAAACUUCGGGCAAUAAUACCUAACGAUUCUUGUAGGAUAUUAAUACGUACCUUGUAAAUAUGUAGUUAUGUACUUACGUAUACCAAAGCGAUGUGUGCAAUUUUAUAAGCUUAAAAUGUAUGUACCUAGAUGUAAACAUUUAAGUAUGUAGUUUAGAAUGUAAAUAUAAUGAAUGAGUAAAUAAUUUGCGUUACAUAUCGAAGUAACAUUGUGAUGCGACGUUUUUUUGAAAAGUUUAUCACGUCAUAAAAUUGGGUUACGUCUUAACUUUUCUAAAAAUGCCGAUGAACGCAUUUAAAUAAAUUUAAACUAAAUAAAUUCAGAAUUUCAUGAAAACAUAAUAUAAAACACGGUACAUAGACUUACACAGUUAAUUGUUAUGAUUGUCUUAUAAGUUUUUUUGUGCUGUGCAUUUUUGCAGUGUUGUUAAAUGAAUUGUCAGUUGUUGUUAAUUUAUUUAAGUCACAAAAAAGCAAUAACAGUUUAUAUUAAACCACAGUAAGAAUAUAAUAUAUUUUGUAUCAACGUAUCCGACUAGGGAAACCAUAAUGAUCGCCAGUAUUUCUAGUAUUUAAUAUAACUUUUAAAUUGUAAAUUAAAAUGAAUAUUUCCUUUUUAAGAUAUUUAUUUUUAAAAGAACGCAUUUUUGUAC